AUGAAGUUUGAAAAGUUUAAUUUACCAGAAUGGAGUGAUAUCGAAAGAUAUUUUAAAGACCCUGAAUUACUUACAGCAGAGAUAUUAUUUGUAGCUUUAACCUUAUGUAACGUUUUUGUUAUGUAUCGUUUAUUUUUAGAUGUAAUUCCAUAUCCAAUAUUUGUAACAUGGUGGCAAUUAGCUCAAGGAUUAUUGGUUGCUUAUGUAUGUGGUGAAUUGGGUCGUGAAUUUCCCAAAUUUGCUUAUUUUCCAAAAGUUGAGAUUAAUGAAAAUAUGUUAAAGGUAUUAUUUGUGCCUUCAAUAUUUUAUUGUUUGAUGCUUGUAUUAUCAAAUUAUUUAUUAUAUAAAACACCAUGUAUAGCAUCAUAUCCAGUGUUAGUUAGUUUUACAGUUGUUUUUCAUCACUUAACUCGUUUUAUUGGUUGUGGAGAAGAAUAUAUGCCAUUGAGAUGGAAAUCAAUUGUAUUUUUAUUGGCUGCUUUUAUAAUUGGUUGUUUCGAUUCUAAAACAACAGGAAAAGGUGUUAUAGUAUGGGCAUUAUUAUAUGCUUUGUUUUCAGCUAUAUUUAGAGCAGGUUUUAUGCAAAAAAUUAUGCAUUUAGUAGAUGGUAAAGGAAAUACUUUACAUAAUAAUCAACAUCUUUUAGGUGUACUUAUAUUACCAGUACUUAUAUUGUUAUCAGGAGAAUUAAGUGUAUUUUUACACAUGCCAUAUGAUAUUACAUCAUUACAUACUUGGCAAAUGUGGGGCUGUUUAAUAACUGUUGGUACCUUACCAUUCAUAAAAAAUGUUAUAUCAAAUAGAUUAGUAAGAAGAACAGGACAAGGACCAUGGAGAUUUCUUGAAAUUAUAUCUAUAAUCCUUGUAUUUUUUAUUGGUAUGACAUAUAAUGCACCUUCAUUCAAAGGUUAUUUAGCUAUAUUAUGUGUAAUUAUUGGAAGAUCCUUAGGUGCUUUUGAUGUUUUAUUAAAUGCAUCAGAUUAUAUGCAUGCAGAAGAUGAAAGAAAAAGAAAAAAUCCAAGAUCCAGUUAUGCCAAAAGUAGACAAGGAACACAAGCAUCAAAACCAUUCUUGUCAUCAGCUGAUAAUGAAGAAGAUGAAGAAAGCUCAUUCAGUUCUAAUGAUAGCAAAAGUUAUCAAGGAUCACAAGAUUAUGAUGAUAAAGAAAGUGUAAACAGUAGCUCACAACAAUAUAGUGUGCAUAAAGGAACCAGUCGAAUGGAUAGUUCAUCAAAUCAAACUAGCCACGGAGUUAUGUCAGCUGAUGAAGAUAGAGCAGCAACAUUCAAAUCAAAAUCAAAAUUAUCUAGAAAUUAUUCAUCAAAGCAACAUGAAAUGCUUGAUUCACAAGCAUAA